GUAGUAUUCAAGAUGUUGCUAGACUGCUAGUCGCCUAGAAUCAAGAAGGGACAAUCAUCGGUUAAGAAUCUAAGAUAACAAAGCACUUUUUAGGCUUUUUAGGCUUUUGCAUUGUUUUAGGGGAACCUCAAACGUUUCCACUAAAACUGUUUUUAGGGGAACUAAAAGGACACGUACGCUACGCUGAUCACAAAGCAGCCGUUUGGACUCCCGCCAGGAAGUGAUCGGUACUAUUUAUUUAUUUCUUCUUCAAAAUCACUAAGUAGACAUUUUCACAAACAGAAAAUGGAGACGAUCCCCCACCUCCCAUGGGAAAUAAUUGUGCACAUUUUUUGCCGGUUACCCGUGAAAGAUCUGCGUCGCUACAGGUGCGUAUCGAAGUCCUGCUGCUCCCUGAUCGGCAGCCGUCAUUUCAUCAACCUCCACCUCAAGCACUCUCCGGAAUCCACUUCCCAACUCGGAUUCGUGUUCGGAGGCAGCAAGGAUCUCUGCUGGGCUGCCUUGAACGAUCUCAACUCGUUCGUUCGACUCACUUACCCUAUAGACAUUGGGACUGGGAUCAGCGUCCACGGAAGCUGCAAUGGAUCGCUUGCUAUUAUGAACCCUAGUUCGGAUAUGGCGAUUUGGAACCCUUUCAUUCGCAGGUACGUCAGUUUACCCAUCUCGGAUCAUUUCCAGUCCUUUCCUAUGCAUGAAUUCGAAGUUUUCCUCACCGGAUUUGGGCAUGACCAGGUUACUGACGACUAUAAGUUCAUGAUGUUGAUCGAAUUUCAUGGGCUCUUUCGGAGAUCAUUUCACCGCGAAUUCAAGGUUUAUAGUUUGAAUGACAAAUCCUGGAAGAAAAUUGACGAUUUCCCUAAUCACAUUAGUUAUGGCCGUAAGAAUGGGGUACUUUAUGGGAAUGCGUUGCACUGGUUGGUGAAAACUAAACCUGAUAAUUCCAACCUGAUUUUGGCCUUUGAUGUUGUCACCGAAGCUUUCGGAGAGAUUCAGCUUCCUGAAAACAAGUGUAUUUGUGUGAAGCUUGUGAAUCUAGGAGGAAAAUUCUGUGCUGUAAUGCUGACUACAAUGUCACCCAGAGUGGAGGUGUGGGAGAUGAAGAAAAACAGAGUCAAAGAGUCUUGGGCUAUAUUAUUUUCUGUUCCACCUACCAAUCCAACCCCCCCUUUCAGCUUUACGAUUCCAAUUGCAUAUUUGAAGAACGGUGACCAGGUUUUGCUUCAUGACAGUGCAAAACUCUUCGUGUAUGAUAUCAAAAGAAAGGUUCUGAUAAAAAAUGCAGCAGGUUGUGCUUUUCCUGAAAUUUGUGAUGCCCUUAUUUGUAUGAAAAGCCUGGUGGGACUUGAUUUUAGUGAAAGUACUUGGAAUGCUAAGAAGCACACUGCUAAACAGAGAGAUGAUUUCCUAUCCAAGGGAUUCAAGCUAGGUUUAUAAAGUGAUGCAGAAAAGCUGGUUGAAGCAAGACAACAAAAGCUCACAUUUUGGUUCCGAGAAUUGAGUUUUGUGGAAUAUUCAUGAUCAUGAAGUUCAAACAUUUUGCGACUGAUGCUGAUUUGUUUCGACAUCAGUUUUUGUUCUCUUCAUGAUCACUCUGCCUGUUACCUGCUGUUGAUUUUGGAAUUUUAUCAUCUAUAUUUGUUUUCGGAAUUUGGCAGACGUAAGUCUCUAGCUUCUAGCUUUUGUACUGUUCAAAAAGUCUCUAUAAGCUUCUAGUUAUAUGUUUGGCAUGACAAUUUUUAAGAGCUUUUCAAAAAUUAAAAGAUUUUUUUGAGAUGCUACAAGGAGUACCAUUUGAAAAAAGCCCGUGACUUUUAGUAUUAAUUAGUCCUAACAGCUUGUAUACUAAACUGAACUAAAUCAAAUAGUUAGCUUUUUACCAAGCAGCUACCACAUUUUCUCUUUAAGAUCUUUUUAGUCACUAAAAGCUAACGGUUAUUAAAAAGCUCACAAAAGUAUCUUUUCAGCUAGUUGUGCCAAACAUAUCCGUAUUCUACUUUUCAUACGGUAGCAUUCAAAAAGAACUUCUUUAUCUGUCUUAGAUAUGGACAUUUUACCUGUCUUAGAUAUCCUUCUUACAUUCAUAAGAGACUUUUCGAACAUAUUAUAAAAUAAAACUGAUUCACUAUAAUUUAACUAAAAACUAUUACUCCACCCGUCUUAUUAAACUUUACCAAUUUUCAUUUUUAAUCAUCUCAAAAACUUUGUCACUUUUUCAAUUAAAGCAACUAAUUUGUGGUUAUGCUCAUUUCUUUUUCCUUUGCACAUAAUUCAAUCACAGAGCUUUUAUUUUUCUUAUUUUUCACCUUUUUCAAAGGUCAGAUAAUAUAGUGUUAUGCUCACUUAAGUAGUUAAGUUAUAGGAACCAUCUAUCACUUAAAUCUUGAGUUAAGGGUUAGAUUGGUCCUUGAAGUUUGCAUAAAAAGGGUCAAAUAAGUUUUUAUAUAGGAGACUCUAACCAUCCGUCGCAAUUUGGGGUGGUUCCCUGUGGAAUUUUUUGAUGAUUUUUUUGGGCAUCUUAUUCAUUAAGUCUAGUUUACGCAUAUCAAAUUUCAGCUAAAAAUUCAAUCGAGAAGACAUUCAAAUGAAGUUUUGAAGAUAACUGCGCAGUUAAAAGCGCAAUUACCUUCAAGAAUUCAUUUGAAUGUCUUCCCGAUUGAACUUUUACCUGAAAUUUGGUAUGAGUAACUAGACUUAAUGAAUAAAAUGCUCAAAAAAUUUAUCACAAAAUUUCACUGAAAACCUCCCCAUUUGGCGACGGACCGAUAAUAAGGAUUUAUUUGACCGUUUAUCCGUUUUGCUUCGAAUUCUGACCUCCACGAUCACACAUACUUGUAUAACCCACCUCAGCUGCAAUAUUCCUCCCAUGAGUUCCACCCCACUCUGGAAUGAACUACUUAUUACCUCUACUUGAUCUAUCUCUAUGACUUACAUCCCUCACCCAAGAUCCAUACAGCUUACUCAAAUCCUAGGGAGGAGAAUUUGACAGUGUGUCCAAUAAUACUAUAAACAUAAAAGAAGUUAGGGAGGUAUUCAUGUUUAAAAUCUGCCCAAAACCAAUAUCAGUUCUCGUUCCCUGUUUUCAUUCUUCUUUUCAAAAACUUCCUAAUAUCCAGACAAUCCAUAAUCCUAACUCCUAAGAUAUACUCCCCACCACCGAACAGAUUAACUUUAACAAACUUCCCCAUAAAAUUUCAAUUCCUUACGCUACGUUUAGGGUCAAUAAUCCCAUUAGCAGAUUAUGGGUUUGUACUCAAAAUUUUGAAACAAUUAACGGAACUUUGAAUGACAAAUAUUUUGAAAUAAGAACACACAGUACAAAAAGAUAGGACCAUUCACAAGGACACGUUUCACAUCGAUUUUACAAUAAAAGGUAAAAACAUAACUCUUUUCUCUUUUUUUUUCUUGAUUGCAUCUCCUUUAAUUGGCCUCUAAAUUGCAUCCAUAAUAUCAAUAAAAAUUGGAAACUUUAUUGUCUCAUUAGUAAUAAGCGUACCAUGGUAAUGAUCAUGGGUGAAAAACCCUAGGCACUCUAUUCACUCAUCUUCUAAGAAUGUUAGUUCAUACUCCCUUCGUUCCAAAAAAUUCUUCCCGGUUUGACUUGGCACUCUUAUUAAGAAAGUGGAAUAAAGUGGAAAUGUAUGGUUGUGGUUGUGUAAGAAAAAGGUAAAAUGAAUGUGAGCCACACAAAUUGUCCAAAAUGGGAAAGUGAGAAGUAUUUUUGGAAACAACCCAAAAAGGAAAGUGAGAAGUAUUUUUUGGAACGGAGGGAGUACAAUUUUACUAUGGGUAACCCAAAUUUACCUCAUUUCUUACCCCAUAUAAAAAUCCUCUCUCCUCCCCCCACUUUUCUUCUCCCCCUCCCCCACUUUUCUUCUCCUUCCCUCCCUCUCUCCUCCCUCUUUUCUUUUUACGCAGCCCCCCUUCCCCAUCCUCUCCCCUUUCUUUCUCUUUUCUCCAAAUCUUGAUUUCUUCCCCAUUUCAACAUCUCUCUCCAUCAAAUCUUCCCAUUUUUACAAUCUUUUCUCCCUCCAAGCUUCUUCUCCUGCUUCUCGCCUCUUCUUCUUUUUCGUUUCAAAUGCUAGAGCUACAGUAGAUCGGACGAAGGGGAGAGCUGGGUGACGUUGGAUAGCUUGACAUGGGGAGACAACGACGAAAAUGCAAACCAAGAAGCUUUGAAUGACUUGAGAAGAUCUACUUUUCUUGAUCUUUUUCUUGAUUUUUUGGUGUGUUUUCGAAAAAAAGAGUUGUCUGUCUGACAGACAACUGUAAGUGCAGUGUCUGUAUUUGUUAGUAAGACUCGUGAAGUUGUUUGUCAUUUGAUCGUUAGUUGUCCGUAUUUGUUAGACUAAUGUUUUGAACUUCUUCGCUAUAAAUUAUUAUUUCUUAUAAAAAAGUAUAAAUACCUAGCAUAAAAUCAAUUAUCUCUAUGUAGGAUUUUUAACUAAAUUCUUUUCAACGAAUAGAUCUGAAUAGGGCAGAAUAGAUCACACUUAAAUAGAAUAUAACAGAUCAGACCAAAUUGCUUACUUGAUCAAGUUAAAUCAGAUUUAGGGAGUGUUUGGGAUUGCAUCUAUUUUUAAAAAGUGAUGUUUAUAGUGGUUUUAGAUAUAUUACUUAAUAGUAAAUGUUGGUAGUGUUUGACAAAAAGUGCUUUUGAAAAAGUAAAAAAUGGUAAUAUUUGGUAAAAAACUUUUUUUAUGUAACAGAGGAAGUGAAAAGCAAUUUAAAGCACCCUUUACAUGUUUCCAACUUUUAGAUUUUAAGUGGUUAAUUUAAGCAAAAGUUGUCCUUUAAUUGCAACCUCUUACUAACCUUGCUGAUCCUUAGGGUGUCUUUGGGAGUUGGUUUGGGUGGGAGUAGAAGAUAUGCGAGGGCUGAUGACCUCCUAUUUGCGUUUGAGAGUAUAAAAAUGUGGAUGAAUGGUUUUUGAAGUUUUUGUGAUCCUCCAAAAUCUCUCAAAAGUUCAAUUUUAAAGUUCUUCCGAAAUGAGAGGUUUUGAAGGAUAAUUAACUAAAUGAUAGUUUAAGCUCGAUUUAAAACAAAUAUAAGUUCAACUAUUUGAAUUCACCAUAUCUCAUAUGCGAUUUUUAUUAUAAUUGUAAUACUUGAGAUUUAAUUCAAAUGGAUUAAUAGUACUACUCAUACUAACAAGGUGCAUCUCCUUUUUAAGGGAGCUCAUCAACUAAGAACUCCAAAUUAAGCGUGCUUGCACGGGAGUAGUCGUGGGAUGGGUGAUCCCCUGAGAAGUUUCUCAAGGCGCGCAUGAGUGAGGACAAAGUGCGCGGAAAAAGCUAGUGACGGUUUGUGAGGACAGUACUAGAGGUCUGGAGGGUGUGUAUGAGUAACUACCUCGGGCCCUAUGGGGCGGGGUGUUACAUGUGGUAUCAGAGCAACCCUAUGACAAUGCGCUGAUCUGUUGGAUAUCGGGUAGACACUUAGCAGGGGGAAAGAUUCUGUAUAUUCAAAAAUUUCAAAAAUUAAAAACAUCUAUUUGGGUCCCACUGAG